UGGUCCCGUUCCGCCCGGCCUUGGCCACUGCGCCGGCGCGCCCGCACCCUCCUCCGCAACUCACUGCACCCCCACGCUACGCUCCACGAUCCGCCUGUACAUAGCAGCCGGCGCCACAACAUGUCCGACAACACAUCCCAACCGCCUGACACCAAGAUGGAGGUGAACGAUGACCUUGACCAGUCGGUGGAGAAUGAGAUCAACCACGACGCGACACAGGCCGAGGCCAUGAACCUCGACGGCGCAAACGACGACGCGCCUACAGCGAAUGGGCUUCCAGACGCCGCUGCUACGUUCGAGCAGCGCAUCCCUGCGAAAAAGGAUGCCACACUGCGCGAGUUCCUCGGCAAGAUGGACGAGUAUGCGCCCAUAAUACCUGAUGCAGUCACCAACUACUAUUUGACGCGUGCUGGUCUCCCCCCACCACCGCAGACGUCGCAGCACCUUGCCCGCCUACUAGCACUCGCGACACAGAAGUUCAUCGCAGAUAUUGCGGCCGACGCGUAUCAGUUCUCGCGCAUCCGGUCCUCGAAUACCACAAGCAACAACCCCAUGGGUGGGCUCGGCGGCGCGGCAGGAGCACCAGGUGCAGCGGCCCCUGCCCAAGGCGGCAAGGACAGUGGGCCAAAAGCUAAAGACUAUAACCUUGGGAUCCAGCGGCCAGGGUAUGGAGGUGGUGGGCAGGGUGGUAGCCAAGGGCGGACGGUACUUACCAUGGAGGACCUUGGGAUGGCGGUUGGAGAGUACGGCGUCAACAUCAAGCGCGGCGAGUUCUACCGGUGAUGCUUGCGUAUUUGGCAAAGCACGGCCAGCGCAUUGGAUCAGAUGCGCGGCGUGAAGUGCUCGGGGUCCCAAUGGACAUGCAUUCUUGGCGUUGGUUUGGUCACAGGCGCAGGGGAAAGUUACAUCGAUAUCGACAAACAGCGCCCUCGCUGCGGAAGGUCGUAC